UCAAGAAUCAGAGAUAUUAUUAGAAUUGAUUCUGGAGAUCAUCAGAUCAGUUAGCAGCGAACUGAGCAUGGCGGAAACGCUGUUUGGUAAUCCUCUGAUUGUGAUCAGCCCGGAAUAUUGUACCCCUCAUCAUCUUCAAAUCUCAAUCAAGAAAAAGGUAUACUUUUUGGCUGGCCACGGAUAUGAAGUUAAAGAUACCGCCAAUGACAGAAUCCUCUUCAAAGUCGAAAACAUCCCCACUUUCUUCAACAGCAAGAUCGUCGUCUAUGAUCCCGCCGGAAACUCCAUCGUCACUCUCAGACGAAAGGCAUUUACAUGGCGAACCAAAUGGGAAGUUUACAGGGGAGAAAGCAAAGAGGAGAAAGACCUCAUCUUCAGCGCAAGAACAUCUUCGGCGUUUCAGUUCACCACAAACCUAGACGUAUUCUUAGCCGGCAACACAUCGGAACAAAUCUGCGAUUAUAAGAUGAAGACAAGCUACGGGCAGUCGACGUGCGAUAUCUACGUUAAACCAUCUUCUACCUUAAUUGCUCAGAUGAAGAAGAAAGUGACGGCGGGGAGUAUAUUCCUGGGAAAGGAUAAUUUCACGGUGACGCUGCAGCCAAACGUGGAUCAAGCCUUCAUUGUUGCUCUCAUAGUAAUUCUCCAAGAGAUCGUCGACUCAAGAAGAAGAAAUAAUCACAGUUCUCAUCACCACCACACUACUCAUCACCAUUGCACAUGAUGAAUUGAAGCAGGAAUAACACAUAACAAUUCGUCGUUUUCUUCCUUGAGAUAUAUCUGUCAUCCUUUUAUUAUUUAAUCAUGGGUAUACAACUCGUGAAAUUUGUACUAAAAAAAAAAAAACUCGUGAAAUUUUAGUUUAAUUUUAACCAUUUUGUGGGGCGGGGGUGUGUAUUAUUUAUUGUUCUUGAAAUGUUUCAUGAUGUAUUUACUUAGCUUGUAAAUUAUAUUGUAUUAGCAAUUCAAUUUAAUUAAUAUUUUCA